UCUCCCACCUGAUCGCAGCCCUAUAAAUCCCAACAGCUGAUCAACAGACUUCAGAAAUCCAAGACCUUGAAACGAUACGGCGUGGGGAAGCAGCACGAGGACGCUCGAGCGGAUCAUUCACUGCGGGAAGCUGUCCGAAGGCUGUAUUACAUGCGCGUGCCACAAAAAGGGAGCUAUCCAGUGCUGAAGUGGCAUUUCUGUCCAGUAAGACGCGGUGUUGCAGGGAAUCAGCAGCGGCUAAGCGAAACCAGCGAAGGUUUGCGUUUUUUUCCUGUGCUGGUAUUUGAAAGAAGGCACAACGAGGCCAUUCCGUUGUGAAACAGUCUGCACCAACGUUGCAUGAAGAGAGGAAGACUUCGUACCUCACGAGUAAUCCGUGCAGCAUCAAAACAUGCCAAGGUCUUUCCUGGUUAAAAAGGUUAAGCUUGAUGAUUUUUCAUCCGCUGAUCUCGAGAGCUCGUAUGGCAGAUCCAGGACCGACCUCAGUCUCCGAUUCCACGAAAAGGGGUACAUUAGCGACUAUAUCAGCCCGUCUGUGUACGACGGAGAAAGCGACAAUGCCAUCAAAGUGCCCUCUCCCGAACCCAUCUACCACGGCAUACACGGUGACUAUGGAGCCCCGGAUUCAGAUCAACCGGACAGCCCGCAGUCGGAGAUAUCAUCUGGUUACAUCAACGGCGACAACGCCGUGAGUGAAGGUUACACGGUGGAUGCCUUCUUUAUCACGGAUGGGAGGUCGAGGAGGAAAGUCAUCAACAGCCCCAGGUCCCUACAGCGUCACACGUGCAACGAGUGCGGCAAAACCUACGCUACGUCUUCCAACCUGAGCCGGCACAAGCAAACGCAUCGGAGCAUGGACAGCAAGAUGGCCAAGAAGUGCCCGACCUGCGGAAAAGUAUACGUCUCCAUGCCGGCGAUGGCCAUGCAUUUGCUGACCCACGACCUCAAGCACAAGUGUGACAUCUGCGGCAAGGCUUUCAGCAGACCUUGGCUGCUGCAGGGCCACAUGAGGUCACACACGGGCGAGAAGCCCUUUGGAUGUGCACACUGCGGAAAAGCGUUCGCCGAUCGUUCCAAUCUGCGUGCACAUAUGCAGACACACUCCGCUUUCAAGCACUACAAAUGCAAGAGAUGCAACAAGACCUUCGCGCUAAAGUCCUACCUGAACAAGCACUACGAGUCCGCGUGUUUUAAAGGCGGGUUCUCGCCUCUGAGGCCACUGGAAACAUGACUUCCUUGCUCAAGAACAUGAAACAAACUUCCUGUUUUCCUCGUUUUCCUUGAAACCUGAUGAUAGCACACUUUCUCAAUUUUCUUCUGCAACGACCUUAGGAAAAAAAUAUGGAUUCUUCGCAUGUACCUUAACACACUUUUGGUUCUCUGUUUCGUCACAUAUGCCCCUAUAUUCAGACAUAUAG